AUGGAGUGUAGAAGGUUACAGAUAACUAUUAUUUCCGCCAAUAACCUCCCAAAAGUUCAUGAUUCUGGUAGUACGAAAAUUUAUGCUAAGGCUUCAAUAGCCGGAAAACAUGAAACUAAAAGGCGCACUCCAGUGGACAACGUUGGGGAGAACAACCCACAGUGGAACUACAAUGUUCCAUUCACGUUGACGGAGGCAGUGGUGCAACACGACAGCGUCGACCUCCAUUUUAAGCUGUAUUUUGAACAGAAAUUCAAGGAUAAUUGUAUAGGUGAAGUGAAGUUAUCAUUGAAGAAACUGUUUGAUGAAGACCAUAGUGGAGAAUCAAGAAUUUCAUGUUCUGUAUUACAAGGAGAUGAUUCUUUGGUUCAAAAUGGGACACUGAAUCUUUCUUACAGUUUUGGAGAAAUAUAUGUUAUUAAAAAACCUAGUAUUUUUGUAAGGGCACUUCAGUUUUUACUUGCUACAUUUGUUGGGUGUCCUCCUAAUGCUUGUGUUGAUGUCGAUGUCAUUAAACCAUGA